CCAGAAUAAAGGGUUCGGAUUAUUUUCCUCCGGCGACGUCUCCGAUGAUGGGUUAUGAAAGCUUCUCGUCCAUGAAUGGUUUUGGCUUUUGAUUUGGGAUUGAGUAUGUUUGAUUCUCUGAAAUGGCAGAAAGUGAGUUGUUCUUGCUGUUCCAUUGGAUUUAGCAAUAACUCCAAUGAGGGUAUUGCAAGAUCCCCUCAUUGGACCGGAUUGUAGAGCGAUGCUUGAAGAAGGAGAAGUGGAUGACAGGUUCUUGAUGAUUCUGUUCCUUGUAGUGGAGCGCCUUAGGGAGAACAAUUCUUCUUGGAAGCCGUACCUCGACAUGCUUCCAACUACUUUUGGGAACCCACUGUGGUUUACUGAUGAUGAGAUCUUAGAGCUGGAAGGGACUACACUGUAUCGGGCAACUCAAUUACAGAAGAAGACUUUGAUGUCUCUCUUCGAGAACAAAGUGAAGAGUCUGGUGAGAAAACUUCUUGCUCUUGAUGGGAAUACCGAAAGGGAGGCCACUUUUGAAGAUUUCCUAUGGGCAAAUUCUGUGUUCUGGAGUCGUGCUUUGAACAUUCCUUUUCCGCGUUCCUAUGUAUUUCCUACAUUUCAGGAGGAUAAUGGCUGUCAUUCCACCGUCGAUGAUAUAUUAUGUGAAGGUGGAGUUUCAGUGAACGGAAGCAGUGGAGAAAGAUUUCCUUAUUCUACUCAUACAGAUUUGAAAAUUAAAGUUUCUGAGGGCCAAGUCAAUGGAGCGCCUUCUAGUUCAAGUCAAGAGGAUACUGUUUGGGUAGAGGGUCUUGUUCCAGGCAUUGAUUUUUGCAACCAUGACUUGAAGGCUAUGGCGACAUGGGAGGUAGACGGGACUGGCUUGGUGACUGGAUCUCCUUGCUCUAUGUACCUCCUUUCUGCUGAGCGAAGCCUCUUCAGCGUUGGGAAAGAGAUCUCCAUCAGUUAUGGAAACAAAGGCAAUGAGGAAUUACUCUAUCUCUAUGGAUUUGUGAUGGAAAAUAAUCCAGAUGACUACCUAAUGGUUCAUUACCCCAUCGAAGCCAUUCAGAGUGCUCCCUUCUCAGAAGCCAAGUUGCAGCUUCUUCAGGCACAGAAAGCUGAAAUGAGACAUCUUUUGCCCAAAACCCUGCUAAACAAAGGAUUCUUCCAGGCAGGCUCCUCCUCGAGCAACAAUGGUGAAACUGAGAAGCCUGAUUUAAGAAAAGCUUCCAACUUCAGUUGGAGUGGUCAGCGUAGUGCGCCCUCAUACAUUGAUAAGCUGGUGUUUCCUGAUGAUCUCUUAACUGCAUUAAGGACCAUAUCCAUCCAGGAAGACCAGCUUUUCAAGGUCUCUUCAUUGCUAGAAGAGCUCGUAGGCUCUGACGAGGAGAGACAACCUACAGACUCUGAAGUAAGGACAGCUGUUUGGGAAGCUUGUGGAGAUUCAGGAGCCUUUCAGUUGCUGGUCGAUAUUCUGCAGACCAAGAUGGCAGAUUUAGAAGAGGGUACAGGAACAGAGGAAAACGAUAUUGAGCUGCUCGAAAAUGCUAAGGACGUUGGAACCAUGAACCAGAAGGAAGUGUUUGAGCAGAAAGGAAACUCGAAUGAAGUGAUGAAGCCAAUGGGUCGGAAUCGUUGGUCGAGCAUAGUGUACAGAAGAGGGCAAAAGGAGAUGACCAGAUUGUUUCUCAGGGAGGCAGAGCAUGCUCUGCAGUUGUCAUUGAGUGAAGGCAACUAAUGAUACUCAUGAACAUUUUAGUUUAAAUAUUAGGUUAGAUGUUUCUCAUAAAUAUUAGGUUUAAUUUUGCAUAGCAUAUUAUCUACAUGGGGUAUUUCUUGGGGGAAAAAUUGAACUUCUAGUGCUAAUCGGCGACAUCAACCAUAUAAUUUCUCAAGAAAAUCAUGUGAAUUUUUGUAUCAGUGUUUGUUAGUUUCUCAU